AUGGGGAACGCAGACGGGUUAGUGUUUCCGGGAACGGAGGUGGGGGGACUUGAGUGUGCCCACAGGGUGCCAGUUCCUCCUACAAGGCCGUUUUGGGAGACCCUGAAGGCCAACCUCAAGGAGACCUUCUUCCCGGACGAUCCUCUGCGUCAGUUCAAGGGGCAGACGACGUCCCGCCGCGUCGUACUAGCGCUGCAGUACUUUCUACCCAUCCUCGAGUGGGCUCCUCGCUACACCUUCGCCUUCUUCCAGGCCGACCUCGUCUCUGGCAUUACCAUCGCCAGCUUGGCCAUCCCUCAGGGCAUCAGCUAUGCCAAGCUCGCCAAUCUCCCCCCAAUCCUCGGCCUCUGUAAGUGACCCUUACUUCAGCAUCAUUUUCAUGUUGUUGUUGUUGUUGUUCUUCUUCUUCUUUUUCUUCCACCAUUCCAGCUGACCCAUAAGGAUUUUCCGUUUUCUUGACCUUGUUAAAGACUCGAGCUUUGUACCGCCGCUGGUGUAUGCCAUGAUGGGGAGCUCGAGGGACCUAGCGGUGGGCACCGUGGCUGUGGCGUCUCUCCUUAUCGCGUCGAUGCUGGGGAAGGAGGUCUCCCCGUCUCAAAACCCCACUCUCUACCUCCACCUGGCCUUCACGGCAACCUUCUUCGCCGGCAUUUUCCAGGCGGCUCUUGGUUUCCUCAGGUAACCUCACUCCCCCUAACCCCCUCCCUUUUACGAUGGCAAUGGUUAAAGCCAUGUUCAGAGAAACCUCAUGAGAAUGACACGGAGGGUCUCUUCCGUUCACCUUUUAACUUUAUAAAAACUGUCCCUCUCGUUCCUUUAUAGAGCCCACUCAGGUGCUUUGGUGAAGAAUACUAUUGAAAGUGAAUUGGCCUUUCGCUCUCUGUGUCUCGAGAAUUCUGGAAAGUACCCGUGUCUUCUUCCGCUCAUUUGACGCGUCCAACCAGUGAAAAACCAUUAUAUUUGUUUCUUUUACUGGUUUUCGAAAGCAAGAUAUUGCUUAUUUCUUUCACUGAAAACCUCUGUCUGGUCGUCUCAUCUCCUUGGGGCAGGCUGGGGUUUAUUGUGGACUUCCUCUCGCACGCGACCAUCGUGGGUUUCAUGGGAGGAGCAGCCACCGUGGUGUGCCUUCAGCAGCUGAAGGGUAUCCUCGGCCUCCAUCACUUCACAACCGCCACGGACCUCGUCUCUGUCAUGGAGUCCAUCUUCUCUCAGACUAACCAGGUAGUCCCCGCUCGUUCAUGAAGGAACAAACCAGCAUUACAAUAGUCCCAGAUCAAUUAGGCAACUAAAAUCUUCGGUUUCUCUCUUUUGAUUGGUCAAAUUAUUUCAUCCUGCUUGUACGUCGUCACCUUCUAUAGUCCCCUCUGUUUUCUUGGCUUGCUGGAUUGAGAUGUAUCAAUGUGCCAAUGUACCCUCGUUGUUUUGUGAAUGAUCAGAUCGCUACACGAUAUAGGGAAACGGACAGCAAAGAGAAACGAUGCUUUCUUCUAUCCAGAUAAUAAAGUUCCCGUGACAAAUUUCCACUAGUCUCUCUCUCUCUGGCGCGCGCUGUUUAACGUUUUUCGAACUACGCCGUAAUACUGUCCACGUGAUAGAAAAGGAAUUACAGUUUCUUUGUUCUUCUUGAUAACGCUGGGCACGGUCUCUGCAGUGGAGAUGGGAAAGCGUGGUUCUUGGAGUCGCCUUCCUGUUCUACCUUCUCCUCACCCGUUUCUUGGUAAGUAUCAUAACAGACUGCACCAAAGUUUUGACAUAUACAUUUUAAUAAUUUAUGAAAAGAUGUGCUUAUUUUUUCAAUUAUCUACGCAAAUAAUUGGUAGAUUUGCUAAAGUUUGUGUGGAAACGUCAUAGUUGAACGUGGUUCAAAGAUGCAAGGGAAGUUCUGUCAUAGUUUGCGUGUCUAAAGGAUGAACACUGUAUGAUAACUGGGACUUAAUUUGUCAAUAAUCUGUCAAGAAAAGAAUAUAAUUGAUGAGUAUCCUUGUCACUUAGAGCUAAGUGUGAAAUAACCAAAGCUGUCUAUUUUCUUUCGAAAUCCUAGAAAAUGGGAACCUUCUGUCCAUCUGAGUGCCUGGUAUCUCACACACCCUCACCAAAUGGUCUGUAUCGUGGGUCUUCGGUACUGUAAUUGAUCUACUCUACGCACCCAACCAUGUAGUUCCACCACUUUUUCCACUACAUUUAGAUAUUCAUUGAAAGGAGCUUUUAGCUUCUUUGGGUAAAGAAAGAAGAUUCAGCAAAAGGAGUGUUAGGCUAACCUAAUAAUCCCUCCCAUGGCCGAGGGGCGGGGGGGGGGGGGGGGGGGGGCUUGCAAGGCACAAGCCACCCUUUUUUUGUUAGGGCAAGACUCAUCUGACGCCAUCACAUGCCUUACGAUGGGCUUGUGGGGUUUCCUCAGCCAUGCGCAAAUAGGGCCCACAAUUAUAGACCUAGGGCCCACUAGUUGGGUUCUCGAUCAGUCAACCCCUUUCUUGGGGGAGCUGAAGUUGUGAUUACUCCCUUGGGGUGUAACUGUUGCUGAUGUUUUAACCAGGAUUUCGUAAUAAUUAGUGCAAGUUUUGUUCAAUGUCGACAGAGCAAGAAGAACCCAAGGUUCUUCUGGAUUUCAGCGGCGGCUCCGUUGACCUCCGUCAUACUGGGAAGCCUUUUGGUGUUCCUGACCCGAGCAGAGCACCAUGGGGUUCAAGUGGUGAGUUCCUCUUUAUCUUUCACGCACGAUCACCAUGUGAUUGGCAAUGUGGGGUUAGGAUACGUGCAUCAAGGACUCUUUGAUGGGCUCUCUGUGCUGAUCGUUAAUCAUUGAAAUCCGCAGAUUGGAGAGCUGAAGAAAGGGCUGAACCCCCCGUCCUUCGGCGAUCUCACCCUCACGUCACCCCACAUGAUGCUCGCUCUGAAGACUGGUAUCGUUACCGGCAUCGUCGCCCUUGCAGUAAGUCUCUAUAGUCAUUCAGAGAGAGAUCAGAGAGAGAGAGAGAGAGAUGAAGACACUCUUCUUCAGGAGAGAGGGCUCACCUCGUCGCGUUUAUCCUACAAUGGUGACGCCAGGAGGGCAUAGCGGUGGGCAGGAGUUUCGCGAUGUUUAAGAGCUACCACAUCGACGGUAACAAGGAGAUGAUCGCCUUCGGGAUGAUGAACAUAGCCGGGUCAGUCACCUCGUGCUAUCUCACCACCGGUAAGCGAAGGAGAUUCUAAAACCCUAACAGGAUGAUAUAUCUCCACACUCGGUUAUAAUAUUACCUUCGAGGGAGAAAGAAGGAACUCACCAACCGGCCAUCUGCUCCUCCACAGGGCCGUUCUCGAGGUCGGCGGUGAACUACAACGCCGGCUGUAAGACGGCUGUGUCGAACAUAGUGAUGGCGAUGGCGGUGAUGAUAACUCUGCUGUUCCUUACGCCACUGUUCCACUACACCCCGCUGGUGGUCCUCUCCUCCAUUAUCAUCGCCGCCAUGCUGGGCCUCAUCGACUACGAGGCCGCCUUCCACCUCUGGAAGGUCGACAAGGUUGACUUCUCCGUCUGCAUGGGGGCCUACCUCGGCGUCGUCUUCGGCAGCGUCGAGAUCGGCCUCGUGAUCGCGGUCAGCCCUUUCUCUCUCUUCUUCCGGUGAUUCUCUCGAGACAAAAAUAUCCGGGGAAGAGCUUAAAGAGUUUUCAUGGGGUUUGAUUUCCACAGGUGGGCGUUUCCAUGCUUAGGGUUCUCCUCUUCGUGGCGAGACCGAGGACAACCGUUCUAGGGAACAUCCCCAACUCGAUGAUCUACCGGAGGAUGGACCAGUUCUCUGAAGCUCAGGCUGUUCCCGGCGUGCUCAUUCUUCAUGUCGACGCCCCCAUCUACUUCGCUAACUCCUGCUACCUGAGAGAGAGGUAUCCUAAACCUCAGUAGAUGUCAACUCCCCGGGUGCAUACCCUGCGUGGGCGAAGGAUUUGACCGCCGUGUGCAGCAAUGGCAAUUUCACCGUGUCUUCGUUAUUUCCUCCCUUCCCCCGUUCUCAGGAUCUCGAGAUGGAUUGACGAGGAGGAAGAUCGAUUGAGGCCCAAGGACGAGGGGAGCCUUCAAUAUGUGAUCUUGGACCUGGGCGGUAAGUCGUGGCGUUCUAUCUUAUGUCAAUCUUCACCCACCAUAUACAUAGAGCAUAUUAUCUGAUUAAGUUGCGCGAAAUGGAUCAUAAAAGACACGGUGAGUCCACCCAUCUGUUCGUCAACUCCAACCUGAGAGGACUAGUUGCGACUGGUCCUCAUUAAAACUCCUGAAUACGUGGAAUAAGCAAGUCGUAUUAGAGUGGUGUCACAUUGAAACGAGGAGAUUUAAUGAUGUCAAGAGAAUGUGAACGUCUGUCGUUAUGUUGGCCAGCUGUUGGUAGCAUUGACACCAGUGGGAUCAGCAUGCUCGACGAGCUGAAGAAGAACAUAGAGAAGAGAGGGCUUCAGGUGGGCAUCUACCACCCCCCUUCCCAUUUCAUAGAGAAGAGAAAGAUCCUCGGAAAUGGAUUCUGGCAGUAUUCACGUUCUCAUUUAGGGUCGUCUUCUUCUUCUUGACUUGUUCAGCUGGUGCUGGCCAACCCGGGGAGUGAAGUGAUGAAGAAGCUCGACAAGUCCAAGGUUGUUGAAGCCAUAGGCCAGGAAUGGAUCUUCCUCACUGUGGGUGAAGCCGUUGGGGCCUGCAGUUUCCUCCUCCACUCCCACAAGCCAGGUGUCGCCGCAGGUGGCGCCACCACGCCUAGCGACCACCAUGUCUGA